AUGGCACACGUUACCAACAUCUCGCUUGACAUCGAGCCCGCUGGCACUGGCCUGGCAUGGCGGCGCAGGAUGCUACAUGGCUCGCCAGCUGCUUCUGCUAUGGGAACAGGUGGAAGGAAGGGGUGGCAGAGGAAACAGCUGCAACGGGCCUCCGGAGACGGCUGGGACAUGUACAAGUCGUCGUCGGAGCCAUCUUUGCGCAGAGGCGAGUCCGGAAUUCUGCCAGGACUAUCACAGCUUUCGCCAAAGCUCGCCCAUUCGAACUCAAGGUGUCGUCUCUCGCCCUCUGAAAGCAGCAGCACCUUGGAGGUUGAGCUGGCCCAGGAGGACUCAGGCUUGCCAGAUGAAAAUGCGAGCAAAGAGCAGGGUCCCGACCAAGGGCGAGGAAGCACAGACUCUGGUCACGACGUGCGCCCGGACGCUUCGACUGACCCCGUCCAGGCAGAUGAGACGGCCACCCCACGCACACAGUGGCAAAAUGCCCUGCAAAGGGCAAUGCAGGAAGCUGACGUGCGCUUGCUGUUUCGCCUUGACCUGCCUCUUAUGGUGAAGGCAGUUGCGGACGGCGAGAUCACAUCUUUGUCGGAACCAAGCCCACCGAGGUGGCAGCAGCUGAAGGUAGCAGCGCGGUGCUUGCAGCAAGAGUUGCAGGAAACCGGUGCCAGACGAGGACAGAUUGAGUCCUUGCAGGUCAUUGGAAAUCUGUACGCAUUGCUGGAAGAGCAGAAGUGCGCACAAGGCUUCGAUGCCUUGUGCAAGUCGUUCGACUUCCUCUUCGGAGGUUUGGAGCAGGCGCAGAAGGUGCUUGACGUAAACCGCACUGGGAUCAUAACGACCAUGGAGUUCGCGAUGGCCAUGAGCCUUGUGGGCCUUGACUUGGCUCUGAUCAGCGGACUCGAUGAGCGAGAAAUGUUCUUGACUGUGGAUGAGUCAAACGACGGUUCAAUUCGCAUCCAGGACUUCCUGCAAUUUUGCAGCACCAAGCCCACGCAGCCAGAGCAGAGCAAGAACAAGGCCGACCGUUCCAAGCGAAAGCCUUCGCCAAACAAGGCCAAGGCCAAGAAGAGGCUUUCCACGACAGCAAUCAUUGAGUCUGCUGGAAUGAAGGUGCUGCAGGAAAGAACAUCCAAAGGAGUGAGACUGCAGGCGCUGGUGGUGCCCAAACCGCCGUCAAGUCGUCCAGAGACUACCAAUGCAGGCAUGCAUGUAGCGCUGGACGAGCUCGACGAAGAGGAGAUCGAUGAGUCCAUACGUAGACUGGCAAAGGAGGAAGUGCAACGCGCACAAGCCAAGUGGACCUGCGUGGCCAAGUGGCUCUCCGCUGUCCUAGGAGCUGCGUUUCUUCUGGACCCAGAUCAGGAUCGAGCAAAGACCUGGGAAGAUGAGCGGCAGCAGGCCGUGGAGGCCGUCGACGAGAUGCCGAUUGUCCCACUCGCGACAGCAGUGCCGGCUGUCCGAGCGGGACAGGCCAAGGACUCCAGCAUUGAUAACGGCGAGCAGCAAGUUCACAAUGAAGAUCUGGAUGCCAUGAAAGAGGCUGGUCCGCAGCUGGAGAACAGCCUCAACUCCUUCUUCCUUUCCGAAGCCACCGUGGAAGACAACGAGGUAAGGGUGAUGGACAAGACCGGUACCCGAAAGUUCUUCGAGGAUCUCUUGCUAUCCGACUAUGGGUGGCAAAAAGAACUCAGGAUGAUAAUUCUGGACAGGCUCUACGAAGACACCCUGGAGAUGCAGAAGGAGCAAGGAGGAUCCGGCAAGGGACUGACAUUUCGAUCUCUGAAAGUGGUACUUCACAGAAUGCUCCGGGACCAUGCAGAGACAUGGAUGGAUGGCCUCAGGCUUGGCACGGAGUUUUGCAAGCACAACAGUCAUGAUCACUCUACGGCCUUCAUCCUGCUUGGUAGUUGUAGAGUUUGCUAG